AAAGCCUUCAACUCACAAUAGUCUCCCAGUCCACUUUCAUGCGCACGCUAUGAUGUGUGGAUACCAUACAACAGAGCUUAUUGCAGAAGUUUUAUGCGGUUUAAUAUUUUUUUCCCGGUUUGGAUACUACUGACUGGGGCAUUGGAUAUGUGCACACGGGAUGAUGAAAACCCCUUUCCUCCCCGCAGAAGUAAGAUAAAAUAGGGUUUCGAAUACAUUGGAUUUACUCCUCUCGUUCCAUAUGAAGAAGUCAAAAAUUUGGAUACGCAUCUGUGUCCAUUUAUUGGUGUGCACCACAUUUGGAGUUCACUCAAGUGAAUUUGGAGAUGCUGUAACAGAUGACAUCACAAGCAUUUCACUAUUGAAACAAAAUAUACCUAAAGAUUACAAGAUUCCUGUGACAUAUAUUCCAAAAGAAGUGGGUGGAAUGUGUUGGGUCACACUAAAUGUUUUCCACUUGGAACUCAGUUUACGAGGAUUAGCAGACAAGUUUGGAAACAUUUCAUCCAACAAAUAUAAUAUCAGCAUAUUGAUCGAAAUGCUGAAAGAGACGCGAUAUCACAUGAAGAACUUGGAGGUGAUCACGUCUGAUUUUGAGUGCCACUAUAGAGACGAGAAAUGGCAGACAGGACACUAUUUUCAGUUUGUUGAAGAUUUUCUAAACACGGCCCGUUCGAAUAGAGAUUCGCCAGAAGAAUGCGAUCCACCUCCCUGUCCAACAACAACAAAGGCAUCAGCAACUACAAUAACAACACAAUACCCCACAUCAGGGAAAGAGCCUCUGAGGUUCCUGCCAGAAGUAGUGGAGAGAAGCCUCCUGUCACUACUUGUAAUUCCUAUUGCGGCCAUCGUGUUUCUGUUUGUGUGGAAGGUGAAAUCCAGGAGCAACCAACAUCAAUCAGAUGAACUGAAAUCAGUGGAAGGAGGCCUCUUCACAGGAACAGAAGAGAGUUUGGCACCUCCACUAGAUGACAUUUCUGAAAAGAACCGAUUGAACAUCAUUGAGGCAGUGUAAUUGUUCAAUCCUUGGAAAUUGGUGUACAGAGGAGUCAUCUAAGAAAGAGCGAGCAAACAUAAAACUACAUUUCUUACGGUGAAAGACUUGCUUCUUUCAUGUCCAGAAACUGACAGUCUUCUCGUACCAGAACCAGAUAAUGGCACACAAAAAUGUGCUGUCUUAUCACUCCUGCAAUAAGCUGGGAGUUGUUCUUGCGAGAGUAUAUUAACCUGUCAUCUACUAUCAAAUUUCAUCAAAUGAAGCUGAAAAGGAGAGUGUGAUUCUCAUGGAAACAUCUGGAGAUUCCAAUAACUGUUCAAAACACAGUGAACUUCACGGGACAAUGUUGAUUUCACAAGCACUCCCCCGUUUGCACUUUUUGUAGGUUUGGCUGGAGCAUGGACACUGGUUCUACUCAAGAACGCAGCAUAGAACAAACACCUAUAAAUGGCUUUCUUUCAUUAGGACUGAAGCAUAAAUGACUACCUCUAGUCGCCCUGCCCUCACUUUCCUCAACUUCUUCUCAGCAGCAUUCCACUCCACUUCCUUCUCCAUCUUGGUUUCCAUUGGACGUUCCCUGAGAAUCUAUUUUGAAAUGAGUUAUCUAGAAAUAUUCUCAGAUUUAACCAUCUGUUUUAUUUGAUGUUUUUGGCUAUGUACGUACGGAAGGGAUGAGGUUGUGCGAUGUAUUUAUUUAUUUGCUUACUCGGAAUGCUGACAGCAUAAUAUUGCUGCAGUUGGAGAAAGAAACUGUCAGUGAUUCAGCUCAUCUAUAGAAAUACUAAAUGAGCAGGAAAAGGUCUACGAGGGUGGUUUAUAAAGACUACAUAACUCAUUAUUCUGCAAUGCAUAAAGCCUCCUUAAACAGCACACUGGAAUCUAUAAACACAUGCGUUAUCUAUAUUAAGACAGCCAUAGAAUGAUGUAUGUAUGAUGGUGUUGUUAAUUGCUUAUGAAUGGAUUGUAUGAAAGGCUUUUGUUGGAGUUGUAAAUGUAAAAAAUAAUGUGCUACUUUGACUAACUUUCAUUUAUCCCAUUAUAUACAGUAAAAAAUGAUUGUCCCUAUAGCAAUCAAUGGUAGAUCAAGGGUAAAUCUUACAUAUCCAUAUUGAUUUAGAUCAGACAUUGAGGAUCUGAUAACGCAAGGUUUUUCUAUGCCCUCAAUGCACAAGAAAGAGGUGGUCUAGCCUCAAGUAAACCAGUUUUGCAUCAGAUUCUGCAAUUACAUUAUAACUCCGCUCUGGUAUGUUGCAGCCUCACCACCCAUAAGGUAUAUUAUGUAUGUUGCAUGUACACAGCUGUACAGUUUAACAAUGUGUUAAAGUGGUUCAAAGCUAUGAAUUGAAAUUGAGCCAAGAAACAUUUUUACUUGAACAAUAUACUUGUCACUCCAGUAACCAAGUACCCUAAUGAAUUGUGUUCCAAAUAACCUUCAGUAACCUAUACAGAAAGUGAGCAAAAAAAAAAAUAUUUCUGAGGUAACAAUAUUACAAAAUGUUCUUAACACGCACGUCAAAAGCCAGAAUAUAUCAAAGUUGGUAGAGGACCAGACUCUAAAAUUCACCAUUGUUUAGAAAAGUGAUAUGAUCUGUGAGGACAGUGUCUAGCAGUUUAUCCACUGUCUAUCAAAUCGUGUGGUACUCUUGUUGUAUUCAGCAACUCAGGCUACGAUAUUGCAGAAUAAUUAUGAAGAUUAGUCUGAUAAAAGUCGGGUCCGCAGUCAUGGCCAUCAUUCUAUUAUACCCAAAAUGUUUUGUAUGACAUUUCACCAACUCAUCAGGAGACUACUAAGAAUUGAGGCAAACCGUUUU